AUGUCUCCCUUCCAAGAAUCCCACACUGACUUCUCCGUCCGCCGCUUUAGUGGAUUCAUCUGCCUCAAGCCCCAAGUGGGUUAUGACCUAAGCAAAGUCUGCAGCCGCACCGCCAUCAUCACGGUCUGGAAGAAGUGGGCCAUGAGGCGCAUGACCCAAAAUAAACCCCACGUGGGCAUUACCAACACUGAGGAGACCCUUAUGAGCAGCUUUGACGUGAAGGUCAAUGGUGAGUUGAACUCGUCUCACAAAGAUUUGAGUGAUGAGGAGGUGAUUGAGAUAUUGAAGUAUCUGUUCUGCACCCUGGCCAAAGCUCUCAAGCAGACCCAGACCAAGUUCAAGUUCUAUGGAGACACUGAUAAGUUCUUGUGCCAAUACAACAUCUCCCACUCAAAGAAAUCACUUCCUGAAUCACAAGAAAAGCUUCCAUCUCACCCAAGCAACACGAUGCUCAAAACAGAACCACCAAGUACCAAGAAGCCCCAUACGCAGUCAAGCACCCGAAAGCUCCAUCUAAACAUCCAAGAACUCUAUGCAGAGCCAGCACCAACACCAAUGCAGCAAGGCCCCAAGGAAGUCGACACUGAUGACAUCGACCCAACCGAGGUUGAAUGUUAG